AACUUUCGACCUUGGCCACCGGGAAUCUAACGACGUCCAACGCUACGUGAACUUUAUCCGGCGUACGCUCAACGCGGUACCCCAAUGAAGCUCACGCUCCGACCAGAGUGGCGGCUCGGGCCCUUCGCCUCGUUCCUGGGCUACUACGACAUCAAGACUGGUGUCACCUGUGCAAUCCUGUUCGCCGUCCUCAAUAAAGUCGCGGGUGUCUACGGGCUCAUCUCAGUGUUGACGGGCGCGGGUGGGACCGCGGCUCAGCUCAGCUUAUACAUCUACUCUGUGCUUGGCCUUAUUGCCUUUGCAUGGGGCUUGAGAGCUGUUGGACAGGAAGACCCAAAGAACACGCUCUAUUUUGCACAUGUGUUCUUCGCAGACCACAUCAUCUCUACCGCGUGGACGGUCUUCUUUGCCGUCGUAUGGUGGAUUUAUACCCCACAUGACGGCCGACGCGACAUUUCGUCGGCAGCACAGAGAGAAAUCAUGGAGGCGGGGGGCGGAGGCGCCACCAACAUGACUGACGCGGAGCGUGCUGCUGCAGCUGGGGUGCUCUGGAACGAGGAGAAAGGGCUUGCAGCGACUGUGAUCAUUCUGGGCUGGCUCAGCAAGUUCUACUUCGCGCUGCUCAUCUACUCCUACGCCGCUCACCUCCGCAAGGGCUCGUACCGUACGCUUCCAAGAUCACGCCCAACAUCUUCGCCCUACGCAGGUUUGACGACGCUGCCUGACGAAGAGGAAGAUGCCGAAGACUUUUACCUCCUGCCUGUACGUGGUCCUCCGCCCACGUCUGCCCACGCCCACACACCAAGCGGCUCCAGCUUCGCCGAUUUCGUCAGCGCUCCGGGACGCGCUCGCCGCGGCAACAAGAGCGCCCGUAAGCCAUCCGCGCUGAACCCCGCUAACUCCAAGGGCGCAGAUGAUGAGCUCGACGAGGUCCUCUUUGACGAGGACGAGCUCGCGGCCGGCGCACUCACCAAGGGAAGCACCGACGCAGAGAGCACGAGCGCGAGCGGAAGCGGGGGAGGGGAGUCGCACGAUGAAGACCAGGUGUUCACGCCUGGAGGUAACGCCUCGAGACGGGCCAGCCGAGCCAACCGGCCCUAGUGUUUCUCUGUAGAUUUUAUUUUGGGCCCUUUCAUCUACUGUCGUUAUAAUUCUAGUGAUGCUCUGGAACCGCUCAUUCGGAUAUCCCUCAAUCUAUGACACGUUCCCCCUCCGAGGGACGCUUUU